UCACGUGCGCGAUCCGAUGUGUGCUGUCAUAUAGAACGCGCGAGUAAUCCCUCGUCUUCACUUGCCUUCCGGUCCUCCUCGGAGGUACCUCGAAUUUUUAUUUUCCAUCAGAGAUCACCGGGUCAGCAUCCAGAGAACCUGCCGGUUUAAAUCCUUUCAGUAGGUCGCGGGAUGUUCUUGAACAGGCCGCAGAGUGCGACCACUAGGCAAGAGAUUGAGAUGAUCAAUAAGGCCCAACGGGCCCUCUUCAGCACCACGGAUUCCAUUGAGAAACUUCGUUUGCUCUGCCUAGCCAGGGGCUGCGGUGGCAUCCUUGGCGUGGGUAGGGCGUUCCGGCGCAUGGACGAUGACGGUAAUAAGAAGCUGAACUUGGAGGAGUUCACCAGGGGCCUGCAGGAGACUGGCUUCGAGGUGUCAGAUGAAGAAGCUCGAGAAAUCUUCAACGUCCUGGACACAGACGACGAUGGGAAUAUCAGUGUCGACGAGUUCAUCAUCGGUUUGAGACCGCCAAUGCCUGAGAGCCGCAAGAGCAUAGUGCAUCAGGCGUUCAGUAAAUUGGAUAAAACUGGCGAUGGAGUGAUCACGAUCGAUGAUUUGAAAGGCGUUUACAAUGUUAAACACCAUCCGCGUUACAUAAGUGGAGAAGAAAGCGAAGAGAGUAUCUUUAAUAAAUUCUUGGCGAAUUUUGAGCAAGAUGGUAUCAUCGAUGGCAAGAUCACCGAGGAGGAGUUUAUGAACUAUUACAGCGCUAUCAGCGCGAGCAUCGACCACGACGCAUACUUCGAUCUAAUGAUGCGGAACGCUUAUAGACUUUGAACUUCACCGAUGUGUGCAAGAUGUUCGAGUCGCUUUCCGAGUCGGCCUCCAAACUAUUAUAAAUAAAAAAUUGAUGCGCUGAUGGUUUCGCGGGAACCUUAUGCAAUAAUUCACGACCGCUUGCGAUUAAUCGAUGGCCGAUGCGACCGUCCCAAGACUUUGUUCACAUACGCUCGCAAGGUUUAAUCGAUAGGAUUCAUUUUUUCCUUAUGGGAAUUGCGAAAUCACUGAAAGAAUUGUUGCCCAGUUUUUGCACGUGUACGUCGUGAGAAAUGUGUGAGUAGGUUGUAAGACAACAAGUUGAUUGCUGGGUCCAAGUUCCUUCGUUCUUAACUACUUAUUGGAUAGUCUAUGCGAUUUUCGAAAAGGUUUCCUUUCCAAGUCGCGAUUUCUCGUAAUCGUUGAUGUUUGUAUUUUAAUAUUGUGAUUCAAUGUGCUUAAAAUCAGGGCUUAGUACUUCAUAUUUAUAUAAGGAAUCCUUAAAAGAACGCCUUGCGUCACGACUUCUUUCGGUUUCUCGUGUAUCUUUAAUCCGUAUUUAACACCGAUUUUCUUUUUGACACUACGCUGUAAUAAAAUAAAAAUAUUUGUAUCACGCAAAGAUAGGAAUGAUGAAGGCAGAGUUCAUGGAUUCAGGAAUUACUCUUCAAUGCUUUUAAUUAUUGCGAUGAUUCACGACUUAGAUGUUAUCUAAAUCUCUCAAGAGUCUAAAUAAAUGGAACCAAGUCCACUCUGAUCUCA